AGCAUCUCAUUCUUUUAUAUAAAGAGUAACUCAUCCUCUCUUUCUCUGUAUCCCAAUUCCAAAGAAGACCAAAUCAAAAAGAGAGAGAGAGAAAGAGAGUUGGUUGUGUGUGUGUAUGUGUGUGAGUUUAAGAAUAUGGGGAAGAAGAACAGCUGGUUGAAGAAGGUGAGGCCAAGGAGUUUUUCUGUGUUUCGGUGGAAGCGACUGGAUCUUCAAACGACCAUCAUGGACACCGUCGUUUUCAAGAUUAUCUCUGUGGCUGAGGGUGUAGUCCUUGUUUCCACCCUCUGCUUCUUCUACCUUUGCUGUGGCUGCAACUUCUGAGUCUCACCUUACAUUUCAUUCAUUCAUUUUUUUUUUUUUUCUUUUUCUUAAGUUAACUAGUUGCUUCUGUUUUUUGGGUUUUGUUGAUGGGUUUCUCAUCAUUAACACAUAAAAAGGGUACAGAAGAAAGCUUGUCAAUUGUAAAGGCAUCUUCAUUUUCUGCUUUUAUUAUAUGUAAUAUUUCAUAAUAUUUUGCUUAACGACCAAGUCCUUGGGACAC